AUGGCUGCACGACAAGCACCAAUAGUAAUAGACAAUGGAACGGGAUGGACAAAGAUGGGUUUCGCUGGCAACUCGGAGCCUAGUUUUGUUUUCCCUACUGUAAUGGGUCUCCCUCAUUCACAGUCAGCAGCGGGCUCAUCAGGUCCAGGCCGCCCAAGCGCUGCUUCAAAACCAUCGCAUUUGGCGAGCAAAAGGGGAAUUGAUGAUUUAGAUUUCUACAUCGGCGACGAGGCUAUACAGAAUUCUAAAAGCUACGGUCUCAAUUACCCAAUCAGACAUGGUCAGAUCGAUAACUGGGAUUUAAUGGAAAGGUUCUGGGAGAAAUCUAUCUUCCAAUACCUUAGAGCUGAGCCAGAGGAUCAUCAUGUUUUACUCACAGAGCCACCACUCAAUGCACCAGAAAAUAGAGAAUCUAUGGCUGAAAUCAUGUUUGAAAGUUUCAACGUACAGGGUUUGUAUAUCGCUGUUCAAGCUGUCCUCGCUUUAGCAGCUAGCUGGACUUCUUCAAAGGUUACAGACCGUACACUCACAGGUACUGUCGUCGACUCUGGCGAUGGUGUCACCCACGUCAUCCCAGUUGCUGAAGGUUACGUAAUUGGAUCAUCAAUCAAACACAUCCCAAUUGCUGGUAGAGACAUCACAAACUUCGUUCAACAACUGCUCAGAGAACGCGGUGAAACAGUUUCAAUUCCUCCAGAGGAUCAAAUGAGAGUUAGUGAAAAGAUAAAAGAAAACUAUUCCUACGUUUGUCAGGAUAUUGUUAAAGAAUUCAGAAAAUAUGAUCAAGAUCCAUACAACUGGUUUGAAAGAUAUCAAGGCGAACAUUCAGUAACAGGUAGACAAUACGGCGUUGACGUCGGUUACGAGAGGUUCCUGGCGCCUGAGAUUUUCUUCAAUCCAGAAAUAUACUCAAGUGAUUUCUUAACACCACUUCCAAACGUCGUCGAUGAGGUCAUCUCAAGUUCACCAAUCGAUGUUAGAAGGGGACUUUACAAAAACAUCGUAUUGUCAGGUGGAUCAACAAUGUUUGAUCACUUUGGUGCAAGAUUAAAGAGAGAUUUACGUCAACUUGUUGAUACAAGAUUGACAAAAUCUGAAUUGCAAUCAGGAAACCUUCAAAAAUCAUCAGGUGUUGAAGUAAACGUUAUCUCUCAUAAGAGACAAAGACAUGCCGUUUGGUUUGGUGGUUCUCUUUUAGCAGGUUUACCUGAUUUCUACACAAGUUGCUACUCAAAAGCUGAUUAUGAUGAAAUUGGACCAUCAAUUUGUCGUCGUUACACUAUAUUUGGUAGCAGCACAUAAGCUUAUGAAGCUUUAUGAUUGAUAUCCAAAAUUCUCUUUAAAUGAUAUUUUAAAUUCAUGAUUUCGUACAAAAUGGAAUGUGUAUCAC